AAGAAAUUUGUCGACGAUAGUAAAAUGUUAUAAACAAAAAAAAAAGCUUAACUUUAAAGCGAUAUCAUACAUACAUUUGGUUUUGAAAAUGGUUGAUACACUUUCAGAAAGGGCAACAAUAACCUAUAAAGCUGGUAAAUGUCAUAAACAAGUACUUUAACUCAAAUUCAGUAAAUAGGCAUGUAAUAAUGCUAAAACAGCGUAAUACAUGCGAAGAUCGCCAUUGUAGUGCCAAUUUUAUGGUCAUCGAAUAAGACUGACGGUGUUGUGGUUUGAUUUAUGAGUGGCGUCACCACGUUUAUAGCCAACGCUUGAUGUAUGUUUUUUUCGUAAAGUUGCUGAUGUUUUCGAACUAAUGACGCAUAUUGAUUCUCUCUUCUUCUCUUUUCUUUUUUAUUUCUUUUUGUAAGUAUAUUUUUUAGUUCAAUUUCUCUGCCUCUGAUUCCAUAUUGAACCGGUGCAGGUGUCAUACGCCUACAUACUGCAAAGCACAACUAUUACAUCGUUCUCCCGACUGCACUAAUAUCAACUUCUUAAUUCGAACAUCAUUGAAACGCCGUUGCAUAAAUUUGUAUAUUUGGAUUUUUUAUGCAAAUAUUUAAUACAUGUUUAACUGGUAUCCAAAAAUAUUUAGUUCCUUUUUUCUUUGACUAAAUCUUCAAGAAAAAGAUUAACCCAUGUGAUCUAUUAUAAACAGAGAAAAACGACCAAGUUUUGACUGUGAUCAACAUUUUUAUUCUUCGUAUAUAAUAUACAACUUUUCAAUUAACUUUAUAAUAAAGAAGUUUGAAAAGCGAGUAAUAAAUUUGGAAACAUAGUCAGCUUUUAGAAACUUACAGUUAAAAAGUAAAGUUGUUUGUAAAGGUAUAUAUUAUGUAUAUGUUUUGUUUUGUUUGGAUAACUUCUGUUUUUGUGGAAAUAUUUCUAUAAAAGUAAAAAACCUCUUUGAGAAGCAUUUGCUAAGACAUACUCAAUUUAGAAUUUUUUAGAUACUUGCAUGCUAAAAUAAAUUUUAAAAUCUAAUUGUUUUGUAAAAUAUUUUUUUCCUUGGAAAAUGCAAAAAAAUUUAAAUUCUUCAGUUAUUACAAACAAACUGCUUUUGCAUAUACAUAAAUAAUUAUAUGAUCGUUUAUACAUACUUACAUAAAUCGAGAUGUUCUAUUUUCUCCACCCCUAACCAGUGCUUCUGGAAGAUAAAAGCUAUAAACUACCCAUGUUCAAAUGAUUUGUUUUCACAAUCGACAGAAUUUAGUAUAAAUAAAUUACAUUUAUAGUACAUGCGUAAAAAAUCAUAAAUAUCCCGAAAUUCCUUAAUUUUUUUCACUGUUGCUCUCUUAUUAUCUUUUCAGCGGAUUUUAUUUCUUUUUUUAUUUUUUUCUCUUUUAUUAAACGUGCCCUUGAAGUGAUUCAAAACCACACUCACCCACUUCUCACAGUGACAAUGUAUAAAUGUAUCCAAUAAAAACGUUUAAGCCAAUUGCGUUAGCAUCACCAAAUGUUGGAGAGGGCAAGAGAUUUUUGAGAUGAAAUAAGCUUUUCUCAAAAAUAAACCAAAAAUAUGACAUACAAAGAAUGAAAUGUCUUAAGUCGCCAAAAAUAAAUUAUUAACGCGUGCCACACAUUGCGUAUGAAAAGUAUGCGUUAAACAAAUGAAAAACUGCUACUACUAGCCUGAUAAUUGUAAGUUUUACAACUUUGCUGCGUACAACAACAAAACAUAAAAAAACAUUAGUAUGAAUGCAUGUGAAUGAGAAAGAAAUGUAGAUAAACGACUUUACUCAAAAAUAGAAUAUACAAUAAGUCACCUGUUGCCGUGAAUUGCGGUAUCGUUGGCCAAACAGAAAUAAAGAAAAAAUCCAAAGUGGUUUUAACGCUUAAAUAAUAGCAACAACCAAACUCGAUUGACUGUUAUGAAAGUUGCAGCGAAAGUGAAACUUAAAACCGCACUCAACGUAUGCACAACGCUCGAUAAAGCUGAUACGCGCACGGGCGCGUCCAGAGAAGAUAUACGCUUAGGAAGCUUCAAAACGUGUUGUUUAUUAAUGUUUUUUCUUUUUGUCUUUAUCUUUCUUGCAGGCGUCGAAUUAUCUUUUGUUUCCAUUUCAAAAAAUUAAAUAUAAUGGUAUGUGAGCCAACAAGUGAGUGUAAUGCGCUACGUUAUUGUGGGAUCUAAUAAGGGUUUGCAUAAAUUCAACCAAACAAAAGAACUAAACUUUAAAUAUGAAUGACUGAAUAAGAUAACCCUAAUGAAAAUUAAGAAAGCCAUUAAUUAGUUAUGAGAAUGUUACAAAAAUAAUACUAUUUAAUGAUUAAAGGUGCGUGCUUCUUAUUACGAAAAAAAUUAUAAUACUAAUGUCAAAAAACCUUGGUUUUCUCAUGAAUUUCUUGUUUACAUGUUGAUGAUUUUUUGUGAUUACAUUCUUUUCGUAGUUAGUCAAACAAAAGGACCACUGACGUGUAAUAAGCGAGCAUACGGUAUGACACUCACUUAUUGACACAUAUAUCAAUAACAAAGAACCACAGACUCUAUACGAUCGAUCGAAUGACUCUUGUGAUUUUUUCAACCACAAAAUAAGAAAAGUGUUCUGCGCGCUUUCACCCCUCACAAACUCCUUUCAACACAGCUGGAACAACACAUUGCUUGUUGCUCUAUUUACCAACAAACGUUUUGUUGGGUAAAUUAAUUUGUGCGCUAUUAAUUAAUAUUCCUAAUAUUCUAGGCAAGUCCUCGGAACCGAAAAUUCCAUACAUUUCGCAGCCAAUUUAUGAUCUGAAACAGACAGGCGAUGUGAAAUUCGGUCCUGGUACACGUUCGGCACUACUUGGCCUAUUGGGUGGUGCACUACCAAAACUCAGUUCCGAUCAACAUGACACGGUCAGUAAGGCUAAAAAAUAUGCCAUGGAGCAAAGUAUUAAAAUGGUAUUAAUGAAACAAACAUUGGCGCAUCAGCAGCAACAAUUGGCAUCACAACGUACACAGGUGCAGCGUCAGCAAGCACUCGCCCUCAUGUGCAGAGUAUAUGUCGGCAGUAUUUCAUUUGAAUUAAAAGAGGAUACCAUACGCGCGGCUUUUCUACCUUUUGGCCCAAUAAAAUCGAUCAACAUGUCUUGGGAUCCCAUCACUCAGAAGCACAAAGGUUUCGCCUUUGUUGAAUAUGAAAUUCCUGAAGGUGCACAAUUAGCAUUGGAGCAAAUGAAUGGCGCAUUAAUGGGUGGCCGUAACAUUAAGGUGGGCCGGCCUAGUAAUAUGCCACAAGCACAGCAAGUUAUUGAUGAGAUACAAGAGGAAGCAAAGAGUUUCAAUCGCAUUUAUGUUGCCUCCAUACAUCCAGAUUUAUCCGAAGAGGAUAUCAAAAGUGUUUUUGAAGCAUUUGGUCCUAUUUUAUAUUGCAAAUUGGCGCAGGGAACAUCAUUGCAUACACACAAAGGUUAUGGUUUCAUUGAAUAUGCCAACAAACAGGCAAUGGAUGAAGCUAUCGCCAGCAUGAAUUUGUUCGAUUUGGGCGGCCAAUUACUGAGAGUGGGCCGUUCGAUUACACCGCCUAAUGCUUUGGUUUGCGCUUCUACGAAUUCCACAAUGCCCACAGCCGCUGCUGUGGCCGCCGCUGCCGCCACCGCUAAGAUACAGGCACUUGAUGCAGUUGCCAGCAACGCGGUGCUUGGCCUUUCUGCAACUACUCCCACACUGGGUAUUUCUCCAUUAGCUGCAGCAGCUAAGGUGGGUGCAUUGCCAAUUGCUGCUGCCAGUGCAUUACAUCCACCAGGUCUUGCCGUACCUGCUGCUACUGGCGGUGCCGCUGCAUUCCUUCCCGCUGGCGUCUUCCAAGCGCCAGCAGCCCUACCACCAAAUCUAUUGGGUGCCGCACCUGGUAUGCCAAAUGUGACCACUGCUGCUGCACCAGUUGUUGUUACACAAACCGCUCUACUAGCAACACCAACUAUGGGCGCACCUUCAAUGGCUACAAUUGGUAAUCUUGGUGCUGGUACAGUAUUGGGUGCUGAAGCCGCCCAACACGCAGCGGCUGCUGCAGCCGCGGCAGUAAGUGCAAAUGCCGCAGCCGCCGUGGCCGCCGCGAAUAAUGUGACAGCGAUGCAUAACUUACAAUCCGCUAAUUCAGAGCAACUGAAAAAGGCGCACGAGAAGGCACAGCAGGAGGAAUUGCAAAAAAAAUUAAUGGAUGAGGGUGAAACGCAGACGCUACAGCAGCAGGAGAAUAUGUCGAUUAAGGGCCAGAGCGCACGGCAGCUAGUUAUGCAGAGGCUAAUGCGACCACAAGAGUCACGUGUGAUCAUACUGCGAAACAUGGUCGGUCCAGAGGAUGUAGACGAAACACUGCAAGAGGAGAUACAAGAAGAGUGCACAAAAUUCGGCACUGUUAGCCGUGUGAUAAUUUUCAAUGAAAAACAAACGGAGAACGAAGAUGAUGAAGAAGCUGAAAUAAUUGUUAAAAUAUUUGUCGAGUUUUCAAGCGCUAUUGAGGCAAUGCGUGGACGGGAUGCUUUACACGGACGCUUCUUUGGUGGGCGCCGCGUUGUUGCCGAACUAUAUGAUCAAUCACUUUUUGAUCAUGGUGAUCUAUCGGGUUAGAAUAUAAUUUUCGGUGAAAUGAGAAAAAGUGUGCCCAAUAAUAGUGGUAAAAAAUUAAAAACAUCAUGCUGCAAAUGUAUAUGGUAUUGUACCAAAUCCCCGUCAUUGCUUUCAUACUUAACAAACGAGUGUUUUUAAGGUUUUCCUUUUAUGUGCACUAAUUGUCUACAGCUGAAGUUUUCUUCGACAUUACCAUUUCUAGUUCCCCCCUUAAACCUUUGACCGUUGACGAUGUAAUGAAUGUAUUCGCGUGUAAAAUGCCGUUAAAUUAAGUAAAGAAGAAAUAUCUUAAUUUCUGUAAAAUUACUAAUAAAUAUGUUAAGUAUUUAAACAAUAA